CGGGGCGCGUGGGCUCCCGGCGCUCGGCGCGGCGAUUGCCAGGUGCUGGUUUCCAUCGAGGGCAGCCUUCCCGUGACACGGCACCUGCCAGCUGGGAGGACGCGCUCUGUCCGGCCCCACGCCCUCCGGGCAUUUAGCGCCUCGCUGUGCCGUUGGCUUCUUCGUCGUGGCAUCUCGGAUCGCGUUGGUGGCGAGCAACACCUUGUGCUUUGAAUUGAUUGCUUCUCAAUUUGGGCAGGCACAGCAUGAACUCGUGAGCACCACGGCAGCGCCUUGAGAGAGCUCGUUAGCGGUAGAAACCGUCUGCGAGCGAAGGGAGCCGCACUUUGAGCUUUCUUUCGUGGCCUUAUAGUGGAGGGCGCUGAACUGAGGGCUGGUGUCAGCACCGGCGCCAGCCAGUGCAGCCGGAUGCCUGGCGGGCUGGUCAGCAGCGUCCAUGCAGGUUUGGUGCCAAUCUCUUCCGCCCACUCCCAAAAUCGAGAAUCUGAGCCCCCAAACUAGCCAGGGCCUCUGCACGGGCAGACCUCGUCCUCGUCUGCCGCAUCGUCCCUCCUCCAGCUCCCCCGUUCCUAGCGCCCAGUGGGCUCGUCCGUGCACAGGAAAUAUUUCCUCUGCUUUACUGAUUUCAGAAGAAAUUAAGGCAAAAGCUCUUUGGUGCUCCAAACUGCAAGCUGCUUGCGGUCAGAAACGUGGGAAGUCUGGCAUUUGCUCCGUUGGGAAGACCCGGAAUAGUACAGUGGCUCUGGACAGAGGGGAGCAGUGACCGGCACCAUGCGUGGCCUGCCCUGCGUGGUGCCCUUGCCCUGCAGAUUCUGAGGCCCCCGUGGCGUGCUGUGGCCACCGCAGGCCUGCCCGCCAGCGCUGGAUUAUGUGCGUUGCCUUCUCCCUCUGCUCCAUCGUCUGGCUAGGCCGCGGCUUCAAGCUGAGGACCGGGGCUGCACGCCUGGGCCGGGCGUCUCUGGUCUGGCUGAAGGGGCCGUGCUGCAUGUGAGCCCCCUGCCCGGCCGCGCGCCACGCUCUUCCCACCGCAGCCACGAUGGGCAGCGCCGACGGGUUCCAGUACCGCGCCCUCUACCCCUACCGCAAGGAGCGCGAGGAGGACAUCGACCUGCUGCCCGGAGACGUCCUGGUCGUGAGCAGAGGGGCCCUGCAGGCCCUGGGCUUCAAGGACGGGGACGAGCAGAUGCCCAAGCAGAUCGGGUGGAUCCUGGGGGUGAACGAGCGCACCAAGCAAAAGGGCGACUUCCCCGGCACCUACGUGGAGUACGUGGGGCCCGUCAAGAUCUCCCUGCCCUCCCACAGGCCCCGGGUGCAGAGGCCUCUGCCAGCGACGCCAGGGGCCGGCACGUCCCGCCUGCCAGAGCCGCUGGAGCCAGUCUCUCUCCUCCCGGAGCUGACGGAGCAGUUCUCCCCGCCUGACAUCGCGCCCCCGCUGCUGGCCAGGCUUGUGGAAGCCAUUGAGAAGAAAGGUUUGGACAGCGAGAUGCUGUACCGGACGUCUGGUUCGGAGCCGCGACAAGCACUGAAAAUUGAUGGGAUGCUGGGCGACCUGGAGCUGCUGGAUGUGCGCAGCCUGGGCGAGGCACUGCGGAGCUACCUGCAGGACUUGCCCACCCCCGUGGUGCCGGCAUGCGUGCAUGCUGACAUCCUCCGUGUGCUGCAAGAGGUGCCCCAGCUCGAGACCUGCCGGAAGCAGCUGCUGCUGGUGCUGGAGCCUCCCACGGUCCCGCUGCAGAACAUGCUCACCCUGCAGUUCCUGCUCCGGCACCUGGCGAAGGUGUCCCAGCAGGCCGACAGCAACGGCCUCCAUCCCCGGGUCCUGGGUGAGCUUUUUGGCCCGCUGCUGCUCCGGCUGCCCGGUGCCAGCCCUGAGCUGAGCCCCGACUUCUCUGCCGUGUUCCUGGAGAGGCUUCUGCAGGCGACGGAGCUGGAGCCAGAGCAGCUGCCCCCAGCCCUGCCGCCGAAGCCGCCGAAGCCAAAGCCUGGUGUGGCCGGCCUGGCCAACGGCAGCAGUGCAACCCUGCAGGAGGCCGAGUGGUACUGGGGCGACAUCUCCAGGGAGGAGGUGAACGAGAAGCUGCGGGACAUGCCAGAUGGCACCUUCCUGGUCCGCGACGCCUCCAGCAAGAUCCAGGGCGAGUACACACUUACGCUUAGGAAAGGCGGCAACAACAAACUGAUCAAGAUCUUCCACCGGGAGGGGAGGUACGGCUUCUCUGAGCCGCUCACCUUCGGCUCGGUGGUGGAGCUCAUCACUCAUUACCGGCACGAGUCGCUGGCGCAGUACAACGCCAAGCUGGACACCAGACUGCUCUACCCCAUCUCCAAGUACCAGCAGGACCAAGUGGUGAAGGAGGACAGCGUGGAGGCAGUUGGGGAGCAGCUGAAGGUCUAUCACCAGCAGUACCAGGAUAAGAGCCGCGAGUAUGACCUGCUGUAUGAGGAGUACACGCGCACCUCGCAGGAGCUGCAGAUGAAGCGGACGGCGAUCGAGGCCUUCAACGAGACCAUCAAGAUCUUUGAGGAGCAGUGCCAGACGCAGGAGAAAUGCAGCAAGGAGUACAUCGAGCGCUUUCGGCGCGAGGGCAACGAGAAGGAGGUGCAGCGCAUCCUGAUGAACUCGGAGAAGCUGAAGUCGCGCAUCACAGAGAUCCACGACAGCAAGAUGAAGCUGGAGCAGGACCUGAAGAAGCAGGCGGUGGAGAACCGCGAGAUCGACAAGCGCAUGAACAGCCUCAAGCCCGAUCUCCUGCAGCUGCGCAAGCUUCGUGACCAGUACCUGGUGUGGCUGACGCAGAAGGGGGCCCGGCAGAAGAAGAUCAACGAGUGGCUGGGCAUCAAGAACGAGACCGAGGACCUGUACUCCAUGAUGGAUGACGAGGAGGAGCUGCCGCACCACGAGGAGCGGACGUGGUACGUGGGCAAGAUCAACCGGGUGCAGGCGGAGGAGAUGCUGUGCGGCAAGCGUGAUGGCACCUUCCUCAUCCGCGAGAGCAGCCAGAAGGGCUGCUACGCCUGCUCUGUGGUGGUGGAUGGGGACACCAAGCACUGCGUGAUCUACAAGACGGCGACCGGCUUCGGCUUCGCGGAGCCCUACAACCUCUACGCCUCGCUCAAGGACCUGGUCCUGCACUACAAGCACACGUCGCUGGUGCAGCACAAUGACUCCCUGAACGUCACCCUGGCCCACCCUGUCCUUGCUCCCCCGCCAGCCAGAUGAGUACCCACUACGGCCCUCCCGGCCCUGGACUUUUAUGCGUUGGACAGACGCCCUGUCGUGCUCCGUGACCCCUUUCCAGCGCCCCUUCUGGUCAGUGGCUGCCCCCCGCUGCACGUGGAAGGAUGGGCUGUCAGCCUGGGGAAUCCCAUCACCUGUCAGAGCUGGCACGGCCUGCGAACAGGAUCGCUCUGUGAUGAGCCGCUUGCUCACAACAGAGCCCUGGUUACCACGUACAAAUGCCUGGGCUGUGGCAAGGCGAGCCUGGCUACGGCGGGGUCCUGUGGGAACUGCAGCAGGAGGCAGCUGGAGCUGGACGCGCUGGGCACGGGCUUGGCUGGCGCCUCUGGGACCUGCUGGACCUCACACUACGUGUGCAAAGCACUUGCCAGUACUGCUGGGGUGGCUCUGGGGCCCGGGCCUUGUGCUCUUGCCCUGGUGCGACCUGGCAGGGGAAGGGGCGCUGGGCUGGGCAGCGCUGUGUUCCCUGUGCUGGGAUGCCCCUCUUGCUCCCCCCUGGAGCCCAGUGCCACCCGCCCGGCUGCAGUAGAUGGGGGCUUUGGAGCUCUGCAACCCCCGGCUCCUGGGUGCAGGGUCUAGAAGGUGCUCAUUGUUCUGCCUGUGUCCCGUGGCCUCCAGCUGUGUUCCCUGCACGAGGAGCCAGGUGCUUGCACUUGGCUGCUGCUGUAGUGCGUCUGGGGAUGAGCUGUGUUGGAGGGAAGGGGAAGGAGCCUUGCAACUGGAGCGUGCAAUUGCCUGUGUCCCUUGGCUCAGGUCCAUUAAAUGGCAAGCCAGGGA